AUGGAGGAGUUGCCUCGUCAGAUGAACAGAAGGAGACCAGGUCACCCGAGAACCUACGAGGCCGCGAGAUUCGACAGAAUCCCAGUGGAUGUGUUCAUCAGAAAUCUGAAGGGACGCCACGUGAUGGUCGACUAUCAAGUGAUGGUUUUGGUUUGGAUACUGAAGCCGACUGACUCAAGGAUGUUGAGAACGAUCAUUGGAGACUUGGCUCAGGGUUUUAACCCUUAUUAUCAAGCUGCGGGUCAGGACAUCAUCUUCAGAAUCUACUUGGUAACAAGACCAGAGGAUCGUCAAGAGUUGUUUGAAGUGAACAGACGUCAGAUUGAAGGAAUGCCUUUCCUUCAGAUCAGAUGGAUCGACUUGGAUGGAUUCAGAGGACUUCCAAGUGAUGGAAUGGUGGAAGAGCUGAUGGCUCUAUGGCAAGCAAUGAAGGAGCAACGAAGCCAUGAAGUGGCAUGGGAGGACUACCCAAGGGACGUGAUGGCACAAGUCAAGAAGCCUUGGGAAGGACGUCAGGAUCGGGACGAUGGAACGGGAGCAGCGGGCCAAGCGAGGUUCUACGGUUCCUGA